UAAUAUGUAUAUGUGUUGAUUCAGAGUAAUAUCACUUAUCGAAUACCGUUAAAGUGAAUAAAGGUAGCUAAAAGGAAACAUCUUAAUUAUAAUGAAAAAAUCACAUUUUUCUAUAUUUUAUUUUAUAAUAUUCUGUACAUGUAUAAAAAUAUUAAUAAAAGCAUCAGAUGAUCAUAGCAAGGAAGAUUAUGAAAUAUUCAUCAAAUUAUUAAACUAUAUACCAACAUUGGAGUCAGAAAGAAUACAUUUCUCAGACAAAGAACUUAAACAAUUCAUUGCUUUCAAAAGUGACAAAUGGAAAAACAAUCUAUUGAAUGACAAGUAUAAAAAAAAAAUUGUAGCAUUGAGAUGUAUUUAUACCUAUGCGAUUAAAAUUAUUUUAGAGGAUCUUGAUAUUUCUUCGAUUGAUAAAAGACAUGUUACAUUUAAUAAUACCGCUGAAUUACUUUUAAUAGAUAAAAAUAGUAGUGUUAUGGUGAGUGAAAUAUUAAAAAAAAGAAAAAUUGAUUUAACUAAUAUAAGAGAACAGAGUAUUAGAGAUAUUACAGAAAAUCAAAGUCUAAAUCAACUCUACAAAAUAAAUAUAAAUAAUAAAAUGGAAGUGGACGACAACAUAAUAAAUAAUCACUGUCAUUUAAAAUUGUACGUAAGAUGUAUAGCUCGAAUGAUAUCUGUACUGAUAAUGAGUCAAAGUACAAUAGCUAACUGGAUGUGGAUGAUAUUUUUAUAUCUAAAAGCAAUAGAAAAAAACUUAAUAAAUAAAAAUGGAUUUCUAAAUUACAUCAAGAACGCUGAUACAUUUAUAGACCAAUGCUCAUGUGACAAUUAUUUAGGAAACAUCGAACUUAAUAAAAUAAUAGAUUUUAAAGUUGACGGGAAACUAAAAGAGGAAAUUGAUGUAAAUCCAAUUUAUUUUCUAGAAAAGUUGAAAUUAAUAUCGGAUAAUGAAAAUUUAAUUCCAAUAUUUAAAUAUGAAAAUAUGUUAGGAAUAUACGAUAUUUUUUGGACAAAAAAUGAAUCUAAUUUAAUUAAUUUACCCAAAAUAAAGUGUAUAAACUGGGAUAGAAUAAAAAUUAAAUUAGAUUUUUUUCACAACAAUGCAGAUGUUAUGUUAAACAAAGAUCCAUUUUCAAUCACUAAAUUCUAUCAAAUUGUUAGCGAUAUCAUGAAAAUUGUUUUAGUCUAUCACUCAUAUAAGCAUUUAAAAAAUUAUAUAGAAAAUAGAUGGUCUAUAAUAACAAAUAUUCGACUAAAAGCAACUCGAAAAAAUACACAAAAAACUUUGGAAUGGUUUUUAGAAUCACCAUUAGAUAUAAUAAAACUUAUUUUACAAUUUCUUGAUAUAAACAAUGACGAUUUUUAUAAAAAUAUAGUACAAUUUUUCGACAUAAAUAAUAAAGAUGAUCAAUCAAUAUUAGAUGAUUUUAUUAAUCAUUUGCUCAUAGAACUUAAAAAUCUACUCAACAAGUACAAUGCAUUUGAUGAUAAUUUAAAUAAAAACAUAACAAAAUAUUUAACAAAUAAUAUUUAUGAUCUUAAAAUUACUGAAUGUUCUAUUAGCCUUUUAAAGUAUUAUGAUUACUUUAAAAAAAUCAUUGAACCACUAAACUUUUAUGUUAUUAAUUUAUUUGAAAUGAGCAAAUGUGAAAACUGGAUAUAA